AUGGACGAGCCAGCAAACAUGAGAGAAUUAAUCGGAUGCGAAGUUCUCAUUGCUGAUCUCUUCGCUGGCGCAGAAGAAGACCUUUACACAGUACUGCGUUCGGCGAAUCCAUCAAUAAAAUUGCUUUAUGCCACUCCGGAAAAGGUGAGAAGCCGUGCCAAGGCGUUCCUCGAGUCUUUUCCAGCAACUUCGGCCGACAAACUGUUUCUUCACACUCAAAAAUUGGAGACAGACCUUCGAGAGAUGAUGGAAGAAGAAGAUAUGACGGAUUACGACGAGGUGUUCGACUUGAACUACGACGUCGAUGAAGCUGGCAAUCUCUACAACAUCCGAAUCGAUAGUGAUGACGAAGACACGAUGGUGGACGAGAUCAGUGCAUCUGGGCGCCUUAAUUCUGUGUUCUACACUCUUCAUCGACGCGGACUGCUCGCUCGAUUCGUCAUCGAUGAGGCGCAUUGUGUAUCUCAAUGGGGACACGACUUCCGGCCAGACUACACGAAACUCCAUACGCUUUGA